AUGAGUUUUUGGGCGGCAUUGGGUGGGGCUUUUACAUUGCUUUUUGAGCCUCCAAUUAUAUCGCUCGAGUCACUUCGGAAUGACAAGUGGAAGAAACAUUUGACAGUCAAGAAUGUCUGCUUUGGUCUGUUUUGGGGGGCAGUGUUCAAUAUUGCUACGAGUCAUGGAGUUUGGUGGAGAUUAUGGGAACACUUGCUUGUCGAUGCAAACACUUUCUGCGAAAUUGCAGCUUGGAUGUCCAAUUACGAAUGGUUGAUUAUCGCAUUCCUCAUAAUUGUUUCUGUUUCUGGCUUCGUGGUCGCAUACCUGUACGCAAAAUGUCCUCACGAACGCGAGCGCCUCCACCAGGUUAUCGACAGCACAGCCUGCUUCGUCAAAUCAGCAUGCGAAGUCAGGAUCAUUGCCAGGCCUGUGAAAGCACUAUCAGUUUUCGGGAAACAGCUGCGUAUGAAUUGUUUUCUCACUCGCAUGACAGAUGAUGAUGGAGAAAUCUUGAUUAUCGAGGGUUCGGAGGAGAAGUCUGACAGCAAGAAGUCUGACAGCAAGAAGUCAAAGACAAAGCUUGGUGUUCCGAAAUCUAUCAGGGACCAGGAGAAGCGAGCUAUCGAGUCUGCCCAGUCAGUGGCCAGUAGACCGAAUGGCAAUAGCUCUUUUUAA